CAGGCGAGCGCCGCCUCGCAGCCCAGCCCCCGGCAGCCGCCAGGCCCCGCGGGCCCCCGGCUGAUGCCCACGCAGCCCUCCCGCCGCAGGGCCGCCGUCCCCACGCGCCCGUAGAGGCUCCGCAGGACCCGGCGCAGGAUGGGCGGCACCGCUGGAUUCAUCCGCGCUUCCCUGGCCGUCGGCACCUUCCUGGUUUGGUGCCAAGCCCAGAGCGGCAUGAGGAGCUACGGGCCGGUGUUCGAGGAGCAGCCGUCCCACACCCUCUUCCCUGAGGGCUCGGCAGAAGAAAAGGUCACCCUGGCCUGCCGAGCACGGGCCAAUCCUCCCGCCACCUACAGGUGGAAGAUGAACGGCACGGAGCUGAAGCUGGAGCCGGAUUCCCGCUACAGGCUGGUGGCCGGGGAUUUGGUGAUCAGCAACCCCGUGAAAGCCAAGGAUUCCGGCUCCUACCAGUGCGUGGCAUCCAAUUCCAGGGGCACCGUGGUGAGCAGGGAAGCCUCGCUCCGCUUUGGCUUUUUGCAGGAAUUCUCGGCGGAAGAGCGGGACCCCGUGAAGAUCACUGAGGGUUGGGGGGUGAUGUUCACGUGCAGCCCCCCGCCCCACUACCCAGGUUUAUCCUACCGGUGGCUCCUGAAUGAGUUCCCCAAUUUCAUCCCGGCCGACGGGAGACGUUUCAUCUCCCAGACCACAGGCAACCUUUACAUUGCCAAGACGGAGGCCUCGGACCUGGGCAACUACUCCUGCUUUGCCACGAGCCACAUCGACUUCAUCACCAAGAGUGUCUUCAGCAAAUUCUCCCGCCUCAGCCUGGCUGCAGAGGAUGCCAGGCAGUUCCCGCCCAGCAUCAAGGCCAGGUUCCCUGCGGACACCUACGCUCUGACCGGGCAGGUGGUGACCCUGGAGUGCUUCGCCUUUGGAAACCCCGUGCCCCGGAUCAAGUGGAGGAAGCUGGAUGGGCCUCAGUCCUCCAAGUGGAUCGGCAGUGAGCCCCUGCUGCAGAUCCAGCACGCUGGAUUUGAGGAUGAGGGGACGUACGAGUGUGAGGCGGAAAACGCCAAAGGGAGGGACACCCACCAGGGCCGCAUCAUCAUCCACGCCCAGCCCGAAUGGCUGGACGUGAUCUCGGACACGGAGGCCGACAUCGGGUCCGACCUGCGCUGGAGCUGCGUGGCCUCGGGCAAGCCCCGGCCCACGGUGCGGUGGCUGCGGGAUGGGCAGCCCCUGACGUCCCAGAACCGCAUCGAAGUGAGCGGUGGAGAGCUGAGAUUUUCCAAGCUAGUCCUGGAGGACUCUGGCAUGUAUCAGUGUGUGGCUGAGAACAAGCAUGGCACAGUUUAUGCAAGUGCUGAAUUAACAGUGCAAGCCUUAGCUCCAGAUUUUAGACUAAACCCGGUGAAGCGCCUGAUCCCGGCAGCCCGGAGCGGGAAGGUCAUCAUCCCGUGCCAACCACGAGCAGCACCAAAAGCCACCGUGCUCUGGACCAAAGGGACAGAACUCCUGGUCAACAGCAGCAGGGUGACGAUUACAGCGGACGGGACCCUGAUCCUGCAGAACAUCAGCAAAUCCGACGAGGGAAAAUACACCUGCUUUGCUGAGAACUUCAUGGGCAAAGCCAACAGCACUGGAAUCCUCUCUGUCCGAGAUGCCACCAAGAUCACGCUGGCACCAUCGAGCGCCGACAUCAACGUGGGCGAGAACCUCACCCUGCAGUGCCACGCGUCCCACGACCCCACCAUGGACCUCACCUUCACCUGGUCCCUGGAUGAUUUCCCCAUCGACUUUGACAAGUCCGAGGGGCACUACCGGCGAGCCAGCGCAGGCUCGGCAGAAGAAAAGGUCACCCUGGCCUGCCGAGCACGGGCCAAUCCUCCCGCCACCUACAGGUGGAAGAUGAACGGCACGGAGCUGAAGCUGGAGCCGGAUUCCCGCUACAGGCUGGUGGCCGGGGAUUUGGUGAUCAGCAACCCCGUGAAAGCCAAGGAUUCCGGCUCCUACCAGUGCGUGGCAUCCAAUUCCAGGGGCACCGUGGUGAGCAGGGAAGCCUCGCUCCGCUUUGGCUUUUUGCAGGAAUUCUCGGCGGAAGAGCGGGACCCCGUGAAGAUCACUGAGGGUUGGGGGGUGAUGUUCACGUGCAGCCCCCCGCCCCACUACCCAGGUUUAUCCUACCGGUGGCUCCUGAAUGAGUUCCCCAAUUUCAUCCCGGCCGACGGGAGACGUUUCAUCUCCCAGACCACGGGCAACCUUUACAUUGCCAAGACGGAGGCCUCGGACCUGGGCAACUACUCCUGCUUUGCCACGAGCCACAUCGACUUCAUCACCAAGAGUGUCUUCAGCAAGUUCUCCCGCCUCAGCCUGGCUGCAGAGGAUGCCAGGCAGUUCCCGCCCAGCAUCAAGGCCAGGUUCCCUGCGGACACCUACGCUCUGACCGGGCAGGUGGUGACCCUGGAGUGCUUCGCCUUUGGAAACCCCGUGCCCCGGAUCAAGUGGAGGAAGCUGGAUGGGCCUCAGUCCUCCAAGUGGAUCGGCAGUGAGCCCCUGCUGCAGAUCCAGCACGCUGGAUUUGAGGAUGAGGGGACGUACGAGUCCCAGCCCGAAUGGCUGGACGUGAUCUCGGACACGGAGGCCGACAUCGGGUCCGACCUGCGCUGGAGCUGCGUGGCCUCGGGCAAGCCCCGGCCCACGGUGCGGUGGCUGCGGGAUGGGCAGCCCCUGACAUCCCAGAACCGCAUCGAAGUGAGCGGUGGAGAGCUGAGAUUUUCCAAGCUAGUCCUGGAGGACUCUGGCAUGUAUCAGUGUGUGGCUGAGAACAAGCAUGGCACAGUUUAUGCAAGUGCUGAAUUAACAGUGCAAGCCUUAGCUCCAGAUUUUAGACUAAACCCGGUGAAGCGCCUGAUCCCGGCAGCCCGGAGCGGGAAGGUCAUCAUCCCGUGCCAACCACGAGCAGCACCAAAAGCCACCGUGCUCUGGACCAAAGGGACAGAACUCCUGGUCAACAGCAGCAGGGUGACGAUUACAGCGGACGGGACCCUGAUCCUGCAAAACAUCAGCAAAUCCGACGAGGGAAAAUACACCUGCUUUGCUGAGAACUUCAUGGGCAAAGCCAACAGCACUGGAAUCCUCUCUGUCCGAGAUGCCACCAAGAUCACGCUGGCACCAUCGAGCGCCGACAUCAACGUGGGUGAGAACCUCACCCUGCAGUGCCACGCGUCCCACGACCCCACCAUGGACCUCACCUUCACCUGGUCCCUGGAUGAUUUCCCCAUCGACUUUGACAAGUCCGAGGGGCACUACCGGCGAGCCAGCGCAAAGGAGGCCAUCGGGGACCUCAGCAUCUCCAACGCGCAGCUGCGGCACUCGGGGCGUUACACCUGCACGGCCCAGACCGUGGUGGACAGCGCGUCCGAGUCAGCCACGCUCACCGUCAGAGGACCUCCAGGCCCACCCGGGGGGGUGGUGGUGAGGGACAUCGGUGACACCAGCGUCCAGCUGAGCUGGAGCCGUGGCUUCGACAACCACAGCCCCAUCGCCAGGUACCUCAUCGAGGCCCGGACCCUCCUGUCCAGCCAAUGGAAGCAGAUGCGCACCAAUCCCGUAAACAUCGAGGGCAACGCGGAGACAGCGCAGGUGGUGAACCUCAUCCCGUGGAUGGAUUACGAGUUCCGGGUCCUGGCCAGCAACAUCCUGGGAAUUGGGGAGCCCAGUCUGCCCUCCAGCAAAAUCCGCACCAAGGAAGCAGCACCGACGGUGGCACCGUCCGGGCUCGGCGGCGGCGGAGGGGCUCCCAACGAGCUCAUCAUCACCUGGACGCCGACGCUGCGGGACUACCAGAACGGGGACGGCUUUGGGUACAUCGUGUCCUUCCGGAGGAAGGGCAGCCAGGCCUGGCUGAGGGCGCGGGUGCCGCACGCGGAGUCGCUGCACUUCGUGUACCGCAACGAGAGCAUCGCGCCCUACACCCCCUUCGAGGUGAAGAUCAAGGCCUACAACAGGAAAGGGGAGGGCCCCGAGAGCCUCACGGCCAUCGUGUACUCGGCAGAGGAAGAACCCAAAGCAGCUCCUUACAGGGUCAUUGCCAAGUCGGUCCUGUCCUCAGAGAUGGAUGUGUCCUGGGAGCCCGUGGAGCAGGGAGAAGUGACCGGAGUGCUUUUGGGAUACGAGAUCCGGUACUGGAAGGACGGGGACAAGGAGGAGGCGGCUGACAGAGUGAGGACAGCGGGGUUGGUGACAUCGGCUCACGUCACCGGCCUGCACCCCAACACCGACUACCACGUGUCAGUGCGAGCCUACAACCGGGCAGGGACCGGCCCCCCCAGCCCCGCCACCAACGUCACCACCACGAGACCUCCACCAAAAAGGCCACCUGGGAACAUCUCCUGGACUUUUUCUGGCUCCACAGUCAGCAUCAAGUGGGACCCCGUGGUGGCCAAGGCAGACGAGUCGGCGGUGACGGGGUACAAGAUGCUCUACAGGCAGGAUUCCCACUCGGCCCCCACCCUGUACCUGGCCAGCAAGAGCCAGAUCGACAUCCCCAUCCCUGAGGAUUUCACUCACGCCUUCGUCCAGAUCCGGGUGACCGGGCCCGGCGGGGACGGGACCCCGGCAGAAGUUCACAUCCUCCGGAACAGCGGGACGAGCAUGAUGGUGGAGGACUCAGGGACGAGGCCAGCGCCACACGUCGUGGUCGUCACCACCAACUCCCUGCUGCUGGUGGCCCUGGUCAGCUCCCUGGAGCUCUGAGCGCGCCCCGGACGCGGCUCCGGACACGGCUCCUCCCAAUCCCAUGGGAAUGACACAAAUCCCACCUCGGGGAGAGGAUUGCACCACGCGGUUGGAAGGGAGGAAGGAAUUAAAAAGAGCUUUUUUUUUUUUGUUUGUUUGGAGGAAGAAAAGCUUUCAUACAAGACAUGGGUCUUUAACCGAUUAAAUGUUUUUUAAGGAAAACGAGGAAAAUGAAGAAUUCUCCGGGAAUUCUGCAGCCAGCUGCCCCCGCCCUCA